UGCAAACCAAAAAAAUUCCCCACACUCCCCCAGGAGGAGCGCUCGAGGCUUCGCGAUUUGGAGUUCGAGCCUUCGAGUUUCCACGCCCGCCACCUGCUCGACGAAACGCCAUGGAGGAGGAGGGGUCGUGGUUGGGGUCGCCUGCCAAGGUGAGGAAGGUCACGGCCCCGGCGGAGGACGAUGGCGAGGGCUGGUUCAGCGGUGUCCCCGACGACGUCAUCCGCCACAUCAUGUCGUUCCUGCCGACGCGCGAGGCUGUGCGGACGUGCGUGGUGUCGCGGCGGUGGCGCGACCUCUGGCGCUCCGUGCCCUGCAUCGACGCCGACAUCAUCGACUUCAGGCGGAGAGACACCGAUGAGGAACAGUAUGACGAAGAGGGGGAGUUGGCGUUCAUGCUGUUCAUGAACAAGGUGAUGGAGCUCCGCUACCCCGCCACGAUACGUACGUUUCGGUUGAGGUGCAUAUUGGAUUUGAUCGAGUUUUAUGAUGACUCCUCGUACUAUGCCAAAUUUGAGGAUAUCAACAGAUGGAUUAGCCACGCUGUGCAGAAGCAGAUCCAGGUUCUGGACAUUGUCCUGUUUUGUGACAGAUUAGAGUUGGAUCACUCUGCGUUCGCUUGCAGCUACCUCAAAACAAUUGAGUUCACCAAUGUUAUUUUGAUGAAAGGCUUCUUCGAGCAACUCGAGAUGGGCUGUCCAGCAGUGGAAAGUCUGUUCUUAGAUGAAUGCUCCAUUGAGGAUGCUCGUAUCUCCUCCAAGACACUGAAGGUUUUUACUAUCGUUUCCAGUCUGUUCUCCUCUGGUGGCAGGAUUACUAUUUCGACCCCGAACGUUACUUCUCUGGAGUUGUGGAGGCCUGACAACGGCAUUUAUGUGUUUGAUGACAUGCCAUUCCUGAUGUCUUCAGUUCUGGAACUUAAUGAUGUAGAAGACUCUCGUGAUUUCUGCCAAAAUCUCAGGAGCCUUUCUGCUGCUAAAGCUUUGGACGUCGAUUAUUUCGGGAGAGAGCUGAGAAUGGCAAAUAAUUUGCAAUGGUACACAAGAUUCAACAAUCUUGUGAGCCUGACUCUCUGUCAAUGGUGCCUGGACGCAAACUUCUAUGGAUUAAUUCUCUUCCUUCAGAACUCACCAAAACUUGAGAAGCUAACUCUAAAACUUCGAAUGGGAACACCAAAAAGAAUUAUAGCUGAGCUUGAAAAUAGAUCAUUUACAUCUGAGCACCUUACGAGUGUUAAAGUCAAAUGCUCGAGGAAUCAUCCCCAGGUGAAUGAUGUGGUCGACUUCUUUGUUAAUAAUGGACUGACCUAUGCUCAGAUUCGUAUCAAAUACUGGAAAUACUGGCGCUAGUUUCAGAACGAGUAACCUUCAAUUUUCCAGUCUGGUGAGAUAUGAAAUGUCAAACGAUCAAGCAUUAUUUUUACAUUCCAUUCAAACAUAGCUCUGUUUCAGUUACAUUCAUUGGUUCCAGUUGAGUUCGAAAGCACAUGGACAUGUUUACUGCUCUUACUUGGUGGACAUGUGUACUGCUCUUGUUUGGUUCUAUGAUGUGAGUAUAAACAAUCAUGUCUUUCGUUUCAUUUAAGGCAGUCAUCUUGUACUUGUUUCCUUCUGUUGAUUUUCUGCUGUACUAGUACCAAGUUGUUCUGUAUGUACUUGCAUGUUUGAGUACUUUUUGACUGGUCUCUCUACCUAUUCUAUACAACUCAUUUUGAGGUCAA